CCCCUCCGUCUACUACUUUGAGACUGUUCAAGUCGCAUAACAUUUUUUUUUGCUUGUGCACAGAAAAAAGCGCCAAUAAUUGUAAUCCAAUCGAUACACCACUUAAUUGCAGACGAAUUUAACCCAGUAGCAUAUAUAAAAUCAGGUGGCGGAGUCACAACCAUAGGCAGUUGCAUUCAGUGGGUGUUCCAGUACGGAGGAUUGGUCUGUGGAAGUUGGAUUUAUUUUUCUAUUAUUACUUCUUUUUUGACUAUUGUGAAAUAAUGGUGCUGUUGAGGACUUUGCUCCUGCUCGUGGUGUGCUCGUACGCCUUGGCCACGGUUGUGCCUGCAGGAAGCAUCCCGCAGGCUGUGAUUGUGGGUGGACUCCUCAAAGCGGCAGCUAUUAAGUCAGCUGCUCUCAAAGUGGCUGCACUCAAAGCGGCCGCAAUUAAGGGAUUAGCCAUCAAGCAUUUUGUCGUUCCGGCUGUGAUGAAGCACUACAAGGAGAAUCGUGGGAAAUACGAGGAAAUUGGGCAUAAACUCGAAGCUGGUGUCCACAAAAUUGAAGCUGGUGUCCAGAAGUUCUUCGGUCGUGGACAGGAGGAGCACAGUGUGCAAGGAUAUGGAUCGUAUGAGCACGAAGAGCCCAAGCAUGAGGUUUACUAUCACAAGGAAAGCCCCAAAUGGGAGCAACACAGCUACGGAUAUUCACACGGAAGUGCCUACCAGGAGGGACAUAUUCACAAUCAUCAUGUGCCACACUACAGCUACAAGUACGGUGUCGAUGACUACCAUUCGGGUGAUCACAAGACAGCCUGGGAGAGUCGCUUUGGGGAUCAUGUGAAGGGAGAGUACACAAUUAAGGAGCCCGAUGGCACAAAGAGAAUCGUCUCGUAUCACGCUGACCCCAAGGGGGGCUUUGUGGCGGACGUUAAGAAAGUCGGUGCACCCCAUUGGGGCUCCCACAGUCACUACGUGAGUCAUCGCAUUGGCUACAGUGCUCCCGAGUCCACAGAGGAGAGUGAUGAUAGCUACGAGGGCUAUGAAACUGAAGAAGACUGAGAGACUACGAACAAUUUCCCUGAAGUGUUGGACAGCAUUUCCACCCUCUGGGAAAGGUUCACCACACAAUCAACCCCUACAUCAACAUUCCGGAAGCCAUGGCGUGCACUCACCCUCCGGAAUCCACACCAAACCUCCUCCAGCGUGAUCUCACCACCCUCCCUGUGAUGGAAGUCUCACCCCCAUUUCACCCCCUAACCCCCUCCCCCCCAAAGGGGUGCUUCUUCCACAGAACUGCCUACUAUUGUUUUUAAAUGUAAAUUGUGUAUUGUAAAAGAAAUUGUUAUUUGUUGUGUUUUGUCCGCAAAGUGGUGCAAAAAUAAAAGACACCCCCUCCAUAAAAAA